GGGGGCGGGGCCUGGCUCCCGGCGCGCGGCGGCUGUGGGGUAACCCGUGGCAGAGAGCGCAGAGCGGCAGAGGGGAGCUGCUGAGGAGAGCCGCAUGGAGGACCCCGCGGCACCCGGGUCCGGGAACCCGCCUGCCAAUGGCUAUGGCAACGGCAACGGCGGCGGCAAAGGGAAGCCAGCGGCGCCUAAAGGCCGGGAAACGUUCAGAAGCCAGCGGCGGGAGUCGGAGGGCUCUGUGGACUGCCCUACCCUGGAAUUUGAGUAUGGAGACACAGAUGGGCACGCAGCAGAGUUGUCAGAAUUGUAUAGCUACACUGAACACCCGGAAUUCACCACUAACAGGAGGUGCUUUGAAGAAGACUUCAAGACCCAAGUGCAGGGUAAGGAGUGGCUGGAGUUGGAGGAAGAUGCCCAGAAGGCCUAUGUGAUGGGACUUCUGGACCGGCUGGAGGUGGUCAGUAGGGAACGGCGACUGAAGGUGGCCCGAGCUGUUCUCUACCUGGCCCAAGGCACUUUUGGGGAAUGUGAUUCAGAAGUCGAUGUACUCCACUGGUCCAGGUACAACUGCUUCCUGCUCUAUCAGAUGGGGACCUUCUCGGCCUUCCUGGAGCUACUCCACAUGGAAAUCGACAACAGCCAGGCCUGUAGCAGUGCUCUUCGGAAACCAGCCAUCUCCAUUGCUGAUAGCACAGAGCUCCGGGUGCUGCUGAGUGUCAUGUACCUAAUGGUGGAAAAUAUCCGCCUGGAGCGAGAGACAGACUCCUACGGGUGGAGGACAGCCCGGGAGACCUUCCGCACUGAACUGAGCUUCUCCAUGCAUAAUGAGGAGCCUUUUGCCCUUCUGCUUUUCUCUAUGGUCACCAAGUUCUGCAGCGGCCUGGCUCCCCACUUCCCCAUAAAGAAGGUCCUGCUUCUGCUCUGGAAAGUAGUCAUGUUUACCCUCGGUGGAUUUGAGCAGCUGCAGGCUCUCAAAGUACAGAAGCGGGAAGAAUUGGGCCUGCCUCCACUGGCUGAGGACAGUAUCCAGGUGGUGAAGAGCAUGCGUGCUGCCUCCCCGCCCUCUUACACUCUCGACCUGGGGGAGUCUCAGCUGGCACCACCACCCUCCAAACUGCGAGGCCGCCGUGGUUCUCGAAGGCAACUCCUUACUAAGCAGGACAGCUUGGACAUCUACAACGAAAGAGAUCUCUUUAAGACUGAGGAACCAGCCACAGAGGAGGAAGAGGAGUCUGCUGGCGAUGGAGAGCGUACCUUGGAUGGAGAGUUAGACUUGCUAGAGCAGGACCCUCUAGUACCACCUCCACCCUCACAGGCACCCCUCUCUGCUGAGCGGGUGGCCUUUCCCAAGGGCCUACCGUGGACCCCAAAGGUCAGACAGAAGGACAUUGAACACUUCUUGGAGAUGAGCAGGAACAAGUUCAUCGGAUUCACUCUGGGGCAGGACACAGAUACCUUGGUUGGAUUACCCAGGCCCAUCCAUGAGAGUGUGAAGACCCUCAAGCAGCACAAGUACAUCUCCAUCGCAGAUGUUCAGAUCAAGAAUGAGGAAGAGCUAGAGAAGUGCCCCAUGUCUUUGGGGGAAGAGGUAGUACCAGAGACGCCGUGUGAAAUCCUCUACCAGGGCAUGCUGUAUAGCCUCCCCCAGUACAUGAUUGCUCUACUUAAGAUUCUACUGGCUGCAGCCCCUACAUCCAAGGCUAAGACAGACUCUAUCAACAUCCUGGCAGAUGUCCUGCCUGAGGAGAUGCCCAUCACUGUUCUCCAGAGCAUGAAGUUGGGCAUUGAUGUGAACAGGCACAAGGAGAUCAUCGUAAAGAGUAUCUCUGCCCUGCUCCUGCUACUCCUCAAACACUUCAAACUGAAUCAUAUCUACCAGUUUGAAUAUGUAUCACAACAUUUGGUAUUUGCCAACUGCAUUCCAUUGAUCCUGAAGUUCUUCAAUCAAAAUAUCUUGUCCUACAUCACUGCCAAAAACAGUAUCUCGGUCCUGGAUUACCCAUGCUGUACCAUCCAGGAUUUGCCAGAGCUUACUACGGAGAGUCUGGAAGCUGGAGACAACAACCAGUUCUGCUGGAGGAACCUCUUUUCCUGCAUCAACCUUCUGAGGCUGCUCAAUAAACUGACCAAAUGGAAGCAUUCCAGAACCAUGAUGCUGGUAGUGUUUAAAUCUGCUCCAAUCUUAAAGCGGGCCCUCAAGGUCAAACAGGCCAUGCUGCAACUUUAUGUGCUGAAGCUGCUAAAAAUACAGACCAAGUACCUCGGGCGCCAGUGGAGGAAAAGCAACAUGAAAACCAUGUCAGCCAUUUAUCAGAAAGUACGCCACCGCAUGAAUGAUGACUGGGCUUAUGGGAAUGACAUCGAUGCCAGGCCGUGGGACUUCCAAGCAGAAGAAUGCACCUUGAGGGCCAACAUUGAGGCUUUUAACAGCCGCCGGUAUGACAGACCCCAGGACUCUGAGUUUUCACCUGUGGAUAACUGCCUGCAGAGUGUGCUGGGGCAGAGGUUGGAUCUGCCUGAGGAUUUCCACUACUCAUAUGAGCUCUGGCUGGAGAGAGAGGUUUUUUCACAGCCCAUCUGUUGGGAGGAGCUGCUCCAGAAUCACUGACUGAGCUCUUGUCAACAGGCAUCUGAUAGAUGGGGGUUGGCUCCAAUAAAUGGUGCUCUGCCUACCCUGCCCACUCAGCCUUUGUUUCCAGCUCUAGGAGUGCUUGUCCAGGGUAGCAGUGACCCAGCCUUAGGACAUCCAGUGUAGUUCAGGACUAUUAUGGGAGCAGUUAGGCCUGGAGAUAUAAUACAAGGCUGGGAGCCUGAGUGAUAAAAAAUUGAUCUAAUUGCCCUGGGGUCAUUUGGGUGCCCAGUUGCCCUUGAAAUCUCCUGCUGGAUCAGUCCUGGACAGGCUCUUUUGUGGGACUGCUCCCUGCUUUCGUCUUGCCUAGAACCACGCUAGCCUUUGCUGGCCCCAAAAGUGAGAAUAAGUUUACUAUGGCAUUUGACUCAUGGCAUUCAUCAUAGGUAAUGGGAAGUGCAGGUCAUAAAAUAGGGAGAACAUUUCCUUCUUGCUCACCCUGGAUUACCAGAGGUUUGGCAAACCCAACUUUGAAAUUAAGUCUGUAUUUUAAAUUUAAAAUUCUGACGCUCACCUCUUUCUAAAAUCAUUAGCUCUGAGAUGAUUUUUAGAGCAACUGCAUCUUCUUUGUGAAGGAUGAUGAUUUACUAUUACCUAAAUACUGCAUGUUAUAGAAAGGUAUAUUGUGUAGUGUUUUUCUUUAUUAAGAGAUCUAUGUUCAGUGUGAAAAGUAUUUCCUUGUGUACUCUGUAUAGGGCAUGGAGUGCUCUGCCACAACCAGUACAAAACAGUCAGGCCUCCUCUAAGGAUGUUUCAUGUUUUUCUGAAACUAUUUCAGUCUUAAAAUGACUUGAGUACAUUGCAGAAAAUUAUUCUUUUCAUCUAAUUCAUUUUUAAAUGACAAGUUAUCUACAGAAGGUUUUAUUUAUUGAGAUGGCAUGUCCAUUUGUGCUUGUGAUCGAUUUAUUUUUUUAAUUGAAUAGAACAGCGAGAGCAUCACAGGUUACCAUUUUUCUUUGUCUCCUAUGUUGAUAAAUGAUUUUUUUUCCCUUUUUACUGCUAACAGUUUCAAAGUGUCAUGUGGGUAUUUAGCAAUACUGUUUCUACCUAGAAGUAUUACACAUUUCUUUGAAAAUGUAAGGGUUGUUGUACCAACCUCUUUAAACUUCUCCCUUUUACAGCAGAAUCACAGUCUUCCCAACCGAAACACGGUUUUUAGAAAAGUUUCUGAUUCAAUCAGGAUCAUCUUAUUUCUCUUCCGUCCUCAGAAUUAUGGCAUCUAUACUUUCAAGCUUUUUUACUUUAAAUGCCCCCACCCUGCAACAUGGACACUACUGAAUGUUUUUUAUGAUAGCACCAGGCCACUUUAAUUGUGCCAGGACGUCUAGUCAAAAUCAGCUUAUUUACUCCAUCCUUUGUCAACCACAGUCUCUUUUGAAGUCAGGAUAGAUUGCUAAUGAUUUCCAAAGGAACUAUACCAAAAUUCUGAUUAUAGCUUGAAUUUCACCCCUUUGUGCUUUACGGGUAGCAGGAUUUCUGUUUUUAUGGUGAGGUCAUGAAGAAUGUAAGUAUGUAAUGGAUGAAACUUAAAACAGUCUGUAAAUUUUGUCUGAGUAGGACAGCAGUCCUCAUUGCAAUUAAAGUAAUUUACUGAGUAUAUCAUUACUGAACACUAUUGAACCCUAUUAACCUAUGAUUUCAAUGUGAUUUAAGUGAAAAGACAACUUUCAAGAAAAGAACAAUUAUCAGUCUAUUUAUUUUGAAUAAAUAGUAUAUAGUAUUUAAUUUAAUCAAGAGCAGAUAAGUUAUCCUCUUAAAAAUAUGCACGUGGGCUUCCCUGGUGGCGCAGUGGUUGAGAGUCCGCCUGCUGAUGCAGGGGACACAGGUUCGUGCCCUGGUCCGGGAAGAUCCCACAUGCCGCAGAGCGGCUGGGCCCGUAAGCCAUGGCCGCUGAGCCUGCGCGUCCGGAGCCUGUGCUCUGCAACAGAAGAGGCCACAACAGUGAGAGGCCCGCGUACCACAAAAAAAAAAAAAAAAAAAAAAAAAGCACGUGAAUUCUUUCCAAGGCAUAGAUGUAUGCUAAACUUUAACAUUUCAUAUUUUUUAAUAAAUCUUCUCUAAGGGAAAUUCUCAGUGCAGAUGGAAAAACUGAGGCACCAAAGAUAAAUGAUUAGUUUCAAAUUACAUCAUUUUUCUACUGACUUUCUGGGACUAGCAUUCAGGUACUGAUAGCCAGCCCCAUAUGUUACAGUAACUGAUUUGAAUCUCCCAAUUUGAGAAUACAUGUGUGUGGUUAGGAAUAAAUCAGAGUAACCAACCUCCAAUGGUGAUUACUGUUACAACACAGAAGAACAUUAUUUGAGUGAUUUAUAAAGUAGAAGAUUUUUAUUUGUGAAUAUUUCAGUAAAGUUUGUGUUGAUUGUUGAUAACACUGUUUCUCUACUGAAGUACUUUAAUAAAAAGAAUUGUACUGGA